CUCGGGCCGGCCCGGGCUCGGGGCUCGGGGCCAUGGCGCUGCGCGCGCGGGCGCUGUACGACUUCAGGUCGGAGAACCCCGGAGAGAUCUCUCUGCGCGAGCACGAGGUGCUGAGCCUGUGCAGCGAGCGGGACAUCGAGGGCUGGCUCGAAGGGGUCAACAGCCGCGGCGAUCGCGGCCUCUUCCCGGCCUCGUACGUGCAGGUGAUCCGGGCGCCCGAGCCCGGCCCCCCGGCGGACGGCGGCCCCGGGGUCCCGGCGCGCUACGCCAACGUGCCGGCCGGGGGCUUCGAGCCCCUGGCGGCCGCUCCGCCCGCCGCCUUCCAGCCGCCGCUGCAGCCGCAGGCGCCGCCGGGCUCCUUCCAGCCGCCGGGCGCCGGCUUCCCGUGCGGCGGGGGCGCGCUGCAGCCGUCGCCGCAGCAGCUGUACGGCGGCUACCAGGCCAGCCAGGGCAGCGACGACGACUGGGACGACGACUGGGACGACAGCUCCACGGUGGCCGACGAGCCCGGCGCGCUGGGCAGCGGCGCCUACCCGGACCUGGACGGCUCGUCGUCGGCCGGCGGCGGCGGCGGCGCGGCCGGACGCUACCGCCUGUCCACGCGCUCCGACCUGUCGCUCGGCUCCCGCGGCGGCGGCCCGGCGCCUCCGCAGCCUCAAGCGUCCGGGGCCAAGAGCUCGGCCACGGUGAGCCGCAACCUCAAUCGCUUCUCCACCUUCGUCAAGUCCGGCGGGGAGGCCUUCGUGCUGGGCGAGGCGUCGGGCUUCGUGAAGGACGGGGACAAGCUGUGCGUGGUGCUGGGGCCCUACGGCCCCGAGUGGCAGGAGAACCCCUACCCUUUCCAGUGCACCAUCGACGACCCCACCAAGCAGACCAAGUUCAAGGGCAUGAAGACCUACAUCUCGUACAAGCUGGUGCCCACGCACACCCAGGUGCCCGUGCACCGGCGCUACAAGCACUUCGACUGGCUGUACGCGCGCCUGGCCGAGAAGUUCCCGGUCAUCUCGGUGCCCCACCUGCCUGAGAAGCAGGCCACCGGGCGCUUCGAGGAGGACUUCAUCUCCAAGCGCAGGAAGGGCCUGAUCUGGUGGAUGAAUCACAUGGCCAGCCACCCGGUGCUGGCACAGUGCGACGUCUUCCAGCAUUUUCUGACCUGCCCCAGCAGCACGGACGAGAAGGCCUGGAAACAGGGCAAGCGAAAGGCUGAGAAGGAUGAGAUGGUGGGUGCCAACUUCUUCCUCACUCUGAGCACGCCCCCUGCCGCCGCCCUGGAUCUGCAGGAGGUGGAGAGCAAGAUCGAUGGCUUCAAAUGCUUCACCAAGAAGAUGGAUGACAGCGCCUUGCAGCUCAACCACACCGCCAACGAGUUCGCGCGCAAGCAGGUGACUGGCUUCAAGAAGGAGUAUCAGAAGGUGGGCCAGUCCUUCCGGGGCCUCAGCCAAGCCUUCGAACUGGAUCAGCAGGCCUUCUCGGUGGGCCUGAACCAGGCCAUCGCCUUCACCGGAGAUGCCUACGACGCCAUCGGCGAACUCUUCGCCGAGCAGCCCAGGCAGGACCUGGACCCAGUCAUGGACCUGUUAGCCCUGUAUCAGGGGCACCUGGCCAACUUCCCUGACAUCAUCCAUGUUCAGAAAGGUAAAGCCUGGCCUGCACAGCUGGUGGUGGCGGUGUGGGAUAUUUUGUUUAGGAUGAAAGCAAUUGGCCUACCGGUCUCUGGUUUCAGACUCCCGUUCGUUCUCCAUGUCUGGGGACCCUUAGGCCACUGGACUGUUAGGACUUUCAUUAGAGAGUGUCCAGGGGAUUGCUAG